CAUAUUCCCACUUGCCUUUGCAUAAACUUUCUCUGAUAAACUUCAUAUAAAAGGGGAAUCUUUAAGGCCAUCUCCAUCUAUAAAUCCCUCGAAUUGAAGGACCCACCGUUACAACCUCAUUCCCGGUGGGUUUCCCAAGACCGCGUGCUGCCCUAAACGGAAAGCCCACCGAUUCUUCAUCGUGUUUUCUACUUGUGUUCUUUUUCUUUGAGCUCCAUUGAAUUUUGAGGCGCAGUGAUGGAGUUUUGGCUCUUCUAGCAGAGAAAAGAUGCUUUCUUUCAGGGGGUUUUGGAGGAGGCAUAAGAGGAAGGUGCUUGUUACAACUGGUGUAUUAGGAGGUGGAUAUCUACUGUAUAAACUAUAUAAUGCUCACACUCAGAGGCUUGCUGACCUGGAGGCCGAACUCGCCCGCGAGCAAGAGAGCAGUGAUGACCUCCUUAAGGCUAAAAUGCAAGCUCAUUUCGAGAGCAUUCAGAGCAUUGCUGAUACAACUACGCUACCUCACGUGAUGCACUAUUUGAGUAGUCGGAUAGCAGAAGAGUUAGAUACUACGGACAUCACAGAAAGGUUGAUGCAAAUGAAGGGGAAGUCUCCAGAAAAACUUGAAUUGUGGGAUAGAUUAAAAGUUAUAAGCUUCACGAGAAUGGUGUUAUCGUUGUGGGCAAUGACGAUGCUUAGCUUGUAUAUUAGAGUGCAAGUCAAUAUAUUAGGGAGACAUUUAUACAUUGAUACUGCACGUGGUUUUGGAAGCUCUCUUAUAGUUGAGGAUGCUGAACUCAUUGAUAGGGACGACCAACAGAAGUUUCUAGCAAGUUCUGAUUAUCUGUCCACUUAUGGCAUGCCUUCUUUAAUUCUACAUAUCCAGGCAGCAGCAAUAGAAGUUCUUAAUGGAAAGCAGCUAACCGAUCGAUUCAAUACCGCAGUUCUCCGUGAUACUAUUAUGCAAAUACUUGACAAGUUCAUGGGCACAGGAAGUCCCCAUCACUGGGUGAACUACUUGAUGCCUGAGGAUGCUCGUUGGGCCGAACUAGCGACGGCCUUCAGCAGUGAUAGCACAGUUCUUCCGGAUGUCACCAAAUUUGAACAACUUACGUUGGAGACACGGUCAGUGAUAUCAAGUGGUGAAUUUGGGAAUAUUGCUGAGAUGGCAUUGAGAGCAGUGGUGGAUACUGUGGUAGUAGAUAUGGGUGCUCAAUCUGGAGGUGAUCUAUCGUCAGGAACACCUCUCGCGAAAGUUUUGGCAAGAGUUGCACAGAUGGGGCCAACACUCCUUGGAGAAUCAAGCAAAUUCAGACAGAUCAUUCUAAAUGUACCAGAAGUUGAGCUCUUUUUUACUCUCAUAUAUUCACAGAUGCAGAUCUCAUAGGCUAGAAACAGACACUAGUUCCUUUUUAAAGUGAUUGUUCAUUUCCUUACGGAGGCAGCAAUGGAAAAUAUGCUAAUCGCAUUUUGGUUUUAAGUACUCAAAAGUCAGAAAUUUGAAAGGCAAUAAUAGAUAGAGAUUAGGAUUACUGCAGUGUGAUUUAUCUUUGUACUACUACGUUUCAUCUAUAAUCUUUUGUUGUACUGUACCAUCUAAUAUAUUAGAUAUAUGGUGUUUGUGGUACC